CAACGAAGCCAUUAAUUACUUCUCCAAUCAUCUUCUACAUCCGCUUGCAUUUCUAGCUUUCUUUCCACACAACCAAUUCCGCCAUGGAUGAAAGCUCGGGGAAGAUCAACAGGUUUUCGAGCUGCAGAGGGGUAGCUUUCGAAAUCAAACCCCAUAACAACCCCUUCGCCCUUCCCGCACCUCCUGCAAUCCCUAGCUCUUCCAGAAGGUCGUGGAUGCCAUGGGGAAGCUUUUCCAGAGUCGUCCCGUCGACGUCCGAUGUAAUCGAGAGGUCAAUGAGCAGAGCCAGCAGCCAUUUCUGCGACGUCGAGGACGAAGAAGACGACGACGACCAGUUAUUAGCCGACAUUGAAGAAGGCCACGAAGAUGAUAAGCACGUGGAUCAGCAACUCCCUCCGGCCGCCGCCAGCAAACGCGAGCAGCCGCCGCCGGCCGCCAAAAAGAAGACAGCCUCGUCCAGGCUGUCGGUCAUACUCCUCGACCAAGGACUUUUCACUGUAUACAAACGCCUGUUCGCAGUCUCUCUGGCGCUGAACUUAACAGGCCUGAUUCUUGCAGCGACGGGGAAUUUCCGUUACGCCAGGGACAGGCCUGCUCUUUUCUCCAUCGCCAACAUUUUCGCUCUGGUUCUCUGCCGGAGCGAGGCCUUCCUCAGGAUCGUCUUCUGGCUCGCUGUCAAUGUCCUGGGAUGGCCCUGGAUUCCGUUGCCUGUCAAAACUAUGACAACGUCGUUGUUACAGUCGUUAGGGGGAAUCCACAGCAGCUGCGGGGUAUCCUCCAUAGCCUGGCUGAUCUACGCCUUGGUUCUGACCCUGAAACACAGGGAAGACACCAGCCCGGAAAUAAUCGCCGUCGCGUCGGCGAUUCUCGGCCUCCUUUGCCUCUCGUCUCUGGCGGCGUUCCCUCUCGUCCGCCACCUGCACCACAAUUUCUUCGAACGUAUCCACCGCUUCGCCGGCUGGAGUUCGCUGAUCCUCCUCUGGGCUUUCGUAAUGUUCACGAUUUCUUACGACCCGCUGACGAAAUCCUACAGAAACGAUUUGGGGUCAAGAUUGGUAAGAAGACAAGAAUUCUGGUUCACCGUCGGAAUCACCGUCCUAAUCAUCAUUCCCUGGCUGACAGUCCGGCGAGUCCCCGUUAGGGUUUCGUCACCAUCCGGGCACGCUUCGAUAAUCAAAUUCGACGGCGGAAUCAAAGCCGGAAUACUCGGAAGGAUCAGCCCGUCACCCCUGUCGGAAUGGCACGCAUUCGGGAUCAUCUCCGACAACAAGAAGGAGCACAUGAUGCUCGCCGGCGCCGUCGGGGACUUCACAAAAUCCCUGGUGGCGAAUCCCCCCAGCCACCUCUGGGUCCGGCAGGUCCACUUCGCCGGACUUCCAUAUCUAACAAACAUGUACAACAGGGCUCUUCUGGUGGCCACCGGCUCCGGCAUCUGCGUGUUCCUGUCGUUCCUUCUGCAGCCAUGCCGGGGCGAGGUCUGCCUGCUUUGGAUCACCAAAAACGUGGAGCAAAACUUCGGGAAAGAAAUCAAGGAGUGGAUGAGCGGGCAGCCGAAGGAUAAAGUGAUCGUGCACGACACGGCGGUGCAGGGCCGCCCGAACGUGUCGCAGAUGAGCGUCGACACGGCGAAGAGUUUUGGGGCGGAGGUGGUGAUCGUGACCAGCAAUCCAGAGGGAAGUAGGGACGUCGUUGAUGCGUGCAAGAACGCAGGAAUUGCUGCUUUCGGACCCAUUUGGGAUUCUUGAUUCGUCAUCAAAUAUUACAGUCACUGAUAAAUUUUAAUUUAUUACUUGCAUUGUGAAAUUAAAAUGAAGUAUAAUCUUCUUGAUUUUAA